AUGGCGGCUACCAAGACCUCGCACCCGUUGGCGGUCGCGACGCCCAAGAACUUCCGCUUCGGCAACGCCAUCAAGCCCGUCAAGGACCUGUCUUAUGUGGUUCGCUGGCCCAAGUGCGUGCAGCUACAGCGCAAGCGCGCCAUCUUGCUGCGCAAGCUGAAGAUCCCGCCGGCUUUGAACCAGUUCCGCACGACGCUCCCGCGCAACGAAGCGGUCGCGCUCUUCGCGCUGCUCGCGAAGUACCGCCCGGAGACGGCUGAACAGCGCAAACAGCGCCUGCUCGCGGAAGCCGAGGCGCGCAACGCCGGCGCCGCGCCGAAGCACGCCUCGAAAAAGACGCUCGUCUGCGGACUCGACGAAGUCACCAAGCUCGUCGAGACGAAGAAGGCGCGACUCGUCGUGAUCGCCUGCGACGUGCAGCCGAUUGAGCUCGUCUGCUGGCUGCCGACGCUCUGCCAAAAAAUGCAGGUGCCCUACUGCAUUGUCAAGGACAAAUCGCGCCUCGGACUGCUGCUGCACCGCAAGACCGCCGCCGUCGUCGCACUCGCGGAAGUCAGCCAGGCCGACGUCGCCGCGCUCAAGGCGCUCACGACCGCGUUCGCGCCGCAGUUCAUCGACAACGCAGACGCGCGCCGCCGCUGGGGCAACUAA